AUGAAGAUACUCAAAUGUUGUUUUAAAUACGCCCUGCAGCAGAAAGUUUUCAUCCUGUUUUUAACCCUAUGGCUGUUCUCCCUGUUGAAACUUCUAAAUGUGAAAAGACUCCUCUUCCCUCAAAGAGACAUUUACCUGGUUGAGUACUCCUUAAGUACCUCGCCUUUUGUAAGAAACAGAUACACUCAUGUUAAGGAUGAAGUCAGAUAUGAAGUUAACUGUUCUGGUGUCUAUGAACAAGAGCCUUUGGAGAUUGGCAAGAGUCUGGAAAUAAGAAGAAGAGACAUCAUCGACCUGGAGGAUGAUGAUGUCGUGGCAAUGACCAGUGAUUGUGAGAUUUAUCAGACUCUAAGAAGAUACCCUCAAAAGCUUGUUUCAGGAGAGGAGAAAAGCUUCCCAAUAGCCUAUUCUUUGGUUGUCCACAAAGACGCAAUUAUGGUCGAAAGGCUUAUCCAUGCUAUCUACAACCCACACAAUAUUUACUGCAUCCAUUAUGACCGCAAGUCACCUGAUACCUUCAAAGUUGCCAUGAACAAUUUAGCUAAGUGCUUCUCCAAUAUUUUCAUUGCUUCCAAAUUAGAGGCUGUGGAAUAUGCCCACAUUUCCAGACUCCAAGCAGAUUUAAAUUGCUUGUCAGACCUUCUUAAGUCUUCAGUUCAGUGGAAAUAUGUUAUCAACCUGUGUGGGCAAGAUUUUCCCCUAAAGUCAAAUUUUGAAUUGGUGUCAGAGUUGAAGAAACUCAAUGGAGCUAAUAUGUUAGAGACUGUGAAACCCCCUAACACUAAAAUGGAAAGAUUCACUUAUCACCACGAACUCCGACAGAUGCCUUAUGAGUAUAUGAAGCUACCGAUAAGGACAAACAUCUCCAAGGAAGCACCUCCUCAUAACAUUGAGGUAUUUGUUGGCAGUGCUUAUUUUGUGUUAAGUCAAGCAUUUGUUAAAUAUAUUUUCAACAACUCCCUCAUUAAAGACUUUUUUGCCUGGUCUGAAGAUACAUACUCUCCCGAUGAGCACUUUUGGGCUACCUUAAUUCGGGUUCCAGGAAUACCUGGGGGAAUUUCCAGAUCAGCCCAGGAUGUGUCUGAUCUACAGAGUAAGACCCGCCUUGUCAAAUGGAAUUAUUACGAAGGCUUUCUCUACCCCGGUUGUACUGGCGCUCACCUUCGAAGUGUGUGUAUUUAUGGAGCCGCAGAAUUGAGGUGGCUUAUAAAAGAUGGACAUUGGUUUGCCAAUAAAUUUGAUUCUAAGGUGGACCCUAUCUUGCUUAAAUGCUUGGCAGAAAAGCUUGAAGAACAACAGAGAGAGUGGAUCACGUUGUCUUCAGAAAAGUUAUUUAUGGACAGAAAUCUCACAAUCACAUCAUUAUAG